CAGAAGGGCCCUGAAGGGAAGGUUCGCGGCCCAGCAGCAGGAAGGCGGGUGAGGAAGAGGGGAAGGGAAAGGUCGUCCAGGCAGCGCGUCCUUCAGCGUGGCCGCGAGGGACUCGGGGACCUGCGCUGGCGGCCGGUUCUACCCGCCGCGUCCCGCCGGGGAGCCUCGGGGGACGCUCGACCAGCCGCGGUCGAGAGAGGCCCCUCUGGCUGCGCUGCCCACCCCCCGGAUGCCGCCUUUUCCUCGGAAAGGCAAAUGGAGCACCUGGGAUGAUGGCAGGAGAUGAAACUCCAAGGAGCUUUCGGAGACGCGAGUGCUAACGGCUCGGUUUCCCGCUGAACUGAGAGUCGUGACUCCUUGGCUCUCUUGAGAACAUAAAGCCCCUGAACUUGGUUCUGUUUGAAAAGAUCUCCCUGAAGGAUGCUCUCCCAGCGGGGCUCUCUGGUGGGCGAGAACAGGUCCAUCCUACCCCCAACCACCAGCCCCGGCAGCAAGGCUGCCAGCUGCAUCAGCUCCUGUGGCAGCAAAUCUUUCUGUUCCUGUGUGCCUUGGGACAGAGUUGCUGGAGCCAGGUUUGUGACUUGUCCCACCUGCCAAGGCAGUGGGGUGAUCCCUCAAGAGCUAGAGAAGCAGCUGGUGGCCCUCAUUCCCUAUGGAGACCAGAGGCUGAAACCCAGGCGCACGAAGCUGUUUGUGUUCCUGGCGGUGCUUAUCUCCCUGGUGACCAGCUCGCUCUUGUCCUUUGCCCUGUUUCCCCACUCUAUCUCUGUGCAGCCUGUGGGCCUCAACUCCUCCACGGUGGCCUUCGACCAGACAGAGGUCCACAUCAACAUAACGAGCAUCUUGAAUAUCUCCAACAGCAACUACUACCCGAUCACUGUGACCCAGCUCACCAUCGAGGCCCUGCAUGUGGCUCUGGUGGUGGGUCAGGUCUCCCUCAGCCUCCGCCUCCGCGUCGGCCCUUUGGCCACUCAACAGCAAAAUCUGUUCCAGGCAGGAAUUCAAAGUCCACCACGUGCUUUUGCACAUCCAGGGCACACUGACGUACUCCUGCCUCAGCCAUUCAGAGCAGAAGGUCUUCGAGAGCCAAGAAUACGUGGACUGCCAUUCAAACUCAUCACUGGCCCCCAUGCCUGCCUCUCUCCUGCUCUGACCCUAAACUCCAGGCACAGGAGUCGCAGAUCUGUGUCUGCCACUAUUCCAUGCUGCUCAAGGAAGGGCUAAAGUGACUUCAGAAAGGAAAAGUUUUUGAUUCAUGCUGCCCUCACCCCCGCCCCCAAAUCCUUCAGCAUAGACAACUUUGUGUGUAACUAAACUGCUUGCUCACAUGCUCACACACUCACACUCACACAUGCACACACUCAGACACUCACCUGCUCACACACUUAGACACCCACUCACACAUUCACACACUCACCUGCUCACAUACUCAGAAACCCCCUCACAUUCAGACCCUCACACACCCAAACACUCAUCCGCUCACACACUCAUCUGCUCACACUCGUACGCUCACAGACUCAGUCACUCACACGGAUGCAUAUCCACUUACACACUCUAGACGAUGCUUACUGCUCACACAUUUACCCGCUCAUACUCACAUACUCAUACACUCGUGCUCAUACAAACAUACCUGCUCACAACUGUUUACACAUUCACUGACACGUUCACAUUUAUGCAUUCAUAUGCUCACAAACAUACAUGUUCACAUGCUCACAUACUCAAUGCACCACAGGAACAGAAGCUUCUGCUGUCCCUCAGCCACUGCCAGCAGGGACGGGCCUCCAAAUUGUCUUUGCCGUCACUCUGUGAAACUAGACCCCCACAUACCCUCCAGGUCCCCACUGGGCUGCAAGGAGAGACGGUUUUGUUUCUUAGCUGAGCAGGAGCCAUUUUGCUGGCUAAAGGUGACUGAUUUUUAAUCAUCAGGCAGAGAUGACUCGUGGUGGUAGCUGCUAGACCUGGAGCAGGAUGGAGAGAGGGGGAAGAGGUGAGGGAACUGGGUGUCAGGCUGCCUGAGCAAGCAGAAUGGAGGGCAUCCUGUCUCCAGGGUUUUGUGUCAAGGGAAUGGGGAGCAAGGUAGUGCUGACAGAAGCACAGACAUUCCAGAAGGCCAGGAUGUUGCUAAGUAACCAGGUUUGGCUUCAUAUGAAGCAAACUAUGCUUGCUAAGUAUGAAUAAAGUAUAAAUUGUAAGUUUCCUGCUGACAGGAGUUGGUGGACGCUUCCCAGCUGCCGUUGGUUCUGCACGUCCUUGGGGGCAUCAGGCCUCUUCCCAGGCCUCUUGCCCUGUAGUUCUGGCUCCCGAGGCGCACUCACAGGAGCGCCAUCUCCCCUUUCUCCCAUAUCCUAUCUCUAAAUAGCGUUCUCAAACCAGCGCUGACACGAUGCGAACUCACCAGCCCACAUUCAUGGCUAAUCUCAGAAGAGAUGCAAUCCCGCUAAAAUUCAGUUUCGCAAAUCUUCCGGCUGAAAAUUCUGGAGCAGUCUUGGGAGGGGUGUGGGUUGAGUCCCCAC